AUGGCGUACUUGAACUACGAGGCCAUGGCCAUGGUGACUCGAUUCCUCUUGGCGACGGAGGAUGGGCCUUCAGCCGCCUUGCUGAGGUUCUGGGUGCGUUAUGAGCUGAAUGCCCCGUGGAAAGAGGACCACGGUAUCGCGUUCUUCAUGACAAGUGAAAUUCGCUCCAUGCCGGGCGAAGAGCGCUCGUGCCUCACAGCGGAGGUGCUGCGAUAUCUGGUGGAACAUCCUGGAAGACCGCUGAUGCUGCGCGUCUAUUUGCCUUCUGGGGAAGAAUUGGCGGCUAUACCUGUCGAGACCUUGAGCGACGUGCGAUCCCUGAAAGGGCAGUUGGAGCCAAUCUGUGGGUGGCCGCGCUUCAGGCUAAAGCUCCUGCAUGAUGGCCGGACUUUGGAUGACACCCUUCCGCUAAACUCUCCUCUGGAUGUCCAACUGAUCAAGCUGAGCAGCUUCACAAGCAGCUCGGAGGAGCAGAUACUCCAUUUCCAGAACGCAGUGAAGAGUGGCGAUGCAUCUGAGGUUGAGAAGAUCUUGAUGCACUCCCACGACCCCAAUUUGAAAACGUCAAUAUCCUCUCCCAGUCCACUCUCCAUCGCGUCGAAGGCAGGACAUGCCGACACAGUGCGGUUGCUCUUGGAGGCCAGGGCUCACUGUUCCAAAGCCAUCCGAUUUUGGGAAAAUCUAGAGGUUUUGCGGCUGCUGGUACCGAAAGGUUUUCAUGCCUUUGAUUCGUUGCAAGACAGCCUCUAUGAGGCAGUAGGAAGAGACGAGAUCGAGGCAAUCCAUUUGCUGCUUGAGGCACGUGCAAAACCCGAGCAUGAAAUACCCCAAGUGCGGGAUCCCCCUCUCCUUGAAGCAAUUUCGCAUCGGAACGUGGAGGCUCUCCGAGUACUGCUGCAGCAUCUGAGCGUGCGUUCAGAAGAAUCUUAUUGGGAGCGUGAUGACCGUAUGACGUGUUGUUGUCGAGGUGUUGUUACUGCGUCUUUUCACGGGAAUGCCGAGAUUCUGCGCGUGCUUUUGGAUGGACAUUCUUGGGGCCCUCUCGGCGACGAUUACUACGGUUUGCCCGUUGUGGAAGCCCUCCAUACUGCUGCUAAACGAGGACACCGCAGCAUCAUCGAAGUUUUUCGGCAACUGCUGGGUGGAGCCAUCUCAGGUUUCCUGGACGAGGCCCUGCAAAGUGCUGCUGUGUCAGAACGAGAUGAUGAUGGUUGGCUUCCAUGUUGGUCGUAUUCGUUGAAGUCUGUGGAGUUUUUGCUGGAAGAAGGCGCCCAUUUCACAGACAGCUUUCCCGCUCUGAUCAUCAUGCUUGAGCACGAUCCACGCGUAGAGGUUGCGCGCUCUCUGUUGGAAUUAAAGGCCGGAGUGGAUGUGCCCGUGCCCUUCUAUAAACUACCUGACGUGAACGAACGUCCCAUCACAUAUAGAAAUUGGAUCUUCCGCAAAAACAAAAAUGUCAUGGGGAUGACAGCCCUAAUGUAUGCGUCGGGGUGCGGCCACGUCAAGCUUGUGCGCAUGCUCUUGGAAGCACGAGCUGCCGCAAAUUAUGCUGACAGCAGAGGCCGAACAGCCUUUUCAUUGGCUUCCCAGCAUGGUCACGCAAAGGUGUUCCGUGUGCUGAUGCUGCGGAAACUGUCCGAGGUGGGUGCCAUCCACAAUGACUGCAGCUCAUCUAGUGAAUCUGCAUCCAGUGAUUCGGACACAGAAUCUGAAUUUGACUUAUUUGCGUAA